UGGGCGCGGUUACAAACAGUGAAGAUAAAGCUCUGUCGGAGUUUGACCUGUGGUGACUGAAAACUGGAACCAGUAGAAAACCAAGACCAGAGCUGGGUGCGAGAUCGUAGCGUACAGUGUAGGAAAUUAUCACGCAUGCCAACCGGUCGAAGGACAAAAUUAUACACCUGUAAUUGGGAAGGAACGGACCACAAUAACUUUUUUUAUGAAGCCAGAUAUUGUGCUGGACUGUUUUCUGCUGUAUAAAAUAUUAGACUAAUUGGUUAACCUACAUUUGUUUUAUUUAUUAGUGUGAUUUACGGCCUACCAAUGCUCUUGCAUCAGUUCAUGAACGGAGCCUUGGAAGUGAUGCAUCCUACAGCAAUACAAAAAGACACUACUUUCACCAAGAUUUUUGUUGGUGGGUUGCCUUACCACACAAACGAUGCCUCCUUAAGAAAAUAUUUUGAAGCCUUCGGAGAGAUCGAUGAGGCUGUUGUGAUAACGGACAGACAGACUGGGAAGUCUAGAGGAUACGGCUUUGUGACCAUGACCGAUCGGGGGGCAGCAGAGAGGGCCUGUAAAGACCCGAACCCCAUCAUCGACGGGCGGAAGGCCAACGUCAACCUGGCCUACCUGGGUGCCAAGCCCCGCAGCAUGCAGACAGGUGAGCCUGACAGGGGCAUAUCUAUUGGCGUGCAGUCCAUUCACCCUGCGCUCAUCCAGAGGCAGUAUGGGUUGGCCCAGCAGUACAUGUACCCACAGGCCUUCGUCCAGCCCAGCCUGGUGAUGCCCUCUCAGGUCUCCUCCUCCGUCAGCUCACCCUACCUGGACUACAGUGCUGCCUACGCCCAGUAUGCCUCAUCCGCCUUCGACCAGUACCCCUACGCCGCCUCCCCAGGCUUCCUGGGCUACGGCUACGCCCCCAGCCCCUCCGCUGGGCCCGCCGCAGCCUCUGUCCCCGCCACCGUCCACCAGACCCUCCCUACGGCCGCAGGCCCCGCCCCGGCCUUCCUGCAGUACGCCCCGCAGCCGCACGUCCAGCCAGACCGUAUGCAGUGAGGAGGAGGGGGAUGGGGGGGGGGGUGC